GACGGGGACGAACUUGGGUUUUUACGGCACACGCUUUGGACUGCAGGGACCUGUGGGGAGCAGCCUGCUGCCGUGUCGCGCAGCAACAGCAGCAGCAGCAACAGCAGCAGCAAGCUUCAGCAGCAUGGCGAAGGGCCCCCAGGGGGCCCCUCCUUUUGCGCCACCCACACAUGGGGGGCCCUCAGCAGGCUCACCUAAGGGUGCAGUUCUGUCUUUAGCAUCACCCCUUACAAAAACAAAGCCAGGGAUGCUGCCUUCACCUAUGACUAUCGAGUUCUUGAGGCCUGUAAAGAUGCUGAGCUUCGCUGUGCAGUAUCUUUUGUCUUUCCGUUUCUACUUCAUGUUCAUGGCGCGCACGACCUUCCAGGCUGUGCGUCCUUUGCUUGCAUUUAGUGUGUUUGGUGAAGUGAUGAAAAUGGUGCUGGCGACGAUGAGCUCGGAAGUAGCUGCAGCUCCUGCUGCAGAAGCAGCUGCAGAACUAGCCGCAGCACCUGCUGCAGAAGCAGCUUUACAGCCAGCUGCAGAAGCUGCCGCAGAAGCAGCUUUAGAAGCAGCUGCAGAAGCUGCUGCAGAAGCAGCAGAAGCUUCUGCAGCAGCAGUAGCUGCUGCAGGUGUGCUGCAGCAGCGGCUUGAUGCCUCAGGGGCGGGAAGAGAUGGAGGGGGGUUCCUCGUCCGUUACGUUUGA